AUGCGUUCUCACCUCGUCCUCCUAGCCUCUCUCUCUCUAUCCACCUCCAUCAUCGCUCUGGCCGUCAACAAUGCCUCCCCCAAGAACCACCUCGCAGCUCGAACGGCUUUACCAAAGAUGAACAUCGCCACACCUCCUCAGUAUGCCGAUAAUUCUACCGAUACGCACGGCGAUGGUGAUGGCGACGAUGCCACCGACACCGAUCUCACCCCGGAUGACAGUAUCCCCGAGCAAGAGGACGGUUCUGGCGAGUUGGAGAAACGUCUCUGGCUUUCGAACCCGUGGUGGGACUGGUGGAAGCCCGAGUCUACCCCGUCUGUCACUCUCCCCACGCCUUGGACCCCCCAGCCCGAGCCUACUGAAGACUGCGAAGACACAGACGGCACGGACGGGGGCUUUGAUUGGGUUUGGCUCAACGAAAGAGGGGAGGAAGUGAGUCGGCGGUUUGGGAGCGAGCGGGAGGCUAGGUGGUUUGAUGAGCAGCUAGAGAGGUCUUUGUUUGCGGACGGUGCUUUUGAGAAUGCGCAUUUGAUCCCUCGUGCCGACGAGCCACCCGCUUCUACGGCCCAUCCGUCCAGCCAAACUUCUGCCCUCUCUGCCCACUCUUCUGCGCCCGCCCAAAACCACCCCACCUCUUCCCCCGCUUCUUCCUCUGCCUCCGCGCCCACUCACUCAUCCGGCACCACCAGCUACUUGUACACCCACGGCUCCGCCCCCAUCCAAACCAACCUCCCCGACGCUGGCAACAACAAGAGCAGCAACCCCGUCAACAUUGCUGUCCUCGUCGCUUCUAUCCUCCUUAUCGUAUUCGGUACCGGGCUUAUUGGUUGUAUCCUUUGGGCGCUUUGGAAGGCGCAUAAGAGGAGGCAGCUUUUCGGUUCUUCUUUUUUCUCUGAUGGUGGACUUGUGAGGGGUGGGGAUGAAGAGCGGGUCUACCAAUCUGGGACACCCAUCAACAAACCUGGAGGCGAUCGGGAAAAGGGCAAGCUUGCAGGGGAUGAGAGUGUAGAUUACAGUUAUGCGGUGAAUGACCUGAGCUAUUGGGGGUAUGGCCAAAUUGCUGUGAAUUCUCCUACGCCUGAGACGGGGGGUAAGAGGGGGUAUGAUAUCCAAGCGGCGUUUGAGAGGAAGAGGAAGAGUGAUGAGUUGAGGUAUGUCCUUUUUCCCUUCUUUGUGGUUGAGUUUGAGUUGGAGGCUGAUGGGUUGGUUUAG